GGGCAAACAUGGAGCUCGCACUCGCACUCGCACUCGCGCAGCAGCACAACAUCACAAUUCACACAGAGCAGCACUCAAGCCGAGCAUCAGGGCAUGGCGGACCAGCUCAUCUCCACGGCCGUGCACGAGGAGCUGCCGGAGAACUACGUCCGGCCGGAGGCGCAGCGCCCGCGCCUCCACGAGGUGGUCUCCGACGCGCAGAUCCCCGUCGUGGACCUCGCCGACCCCGACCCCGCCGCGGUCGUCGCCAGCAUCGGCGAGGCCUGCACCACCCACGGCUUCUUUCAGGUGCUCAACCAUGGGGUGCCCGUGGAGCUGAUGGUCGCGAUGCUGGCGGUGGCGUACGAGUUCUUCCGGCUGCCGGCGGAGGAGAAGGCCAAGCUCUACUCCGACGACCCGGGCAAGAAGAUGCGCCUCUCCACCAGCUUCAACGUGCGCAAGGAGACCGUCCACAACUGGCGCGACUAUCUCCGCCUCCACUGCUACCCGCUGGAGCAGUACGUCCCCGACUGGCCGGCCAAUCCCCCGUCAUUCAGGGAGAUCGUGAGCGCCUACUGCAGAGAGGUCCGGGCGCUGGGGUUCCGGCUGUACGAGGCGAUCUCGGCGAGCCUGGGGCUGGAGGAUGACUACGUGAAGAGGACGCUGGGCGAGCAGGAGCAGCACAUGGCGGUGAACUUCUACCCGAGGUGCCCGGCGCCGGAGCUCACCUACGGGCUCCCCGCGCACACCGACCCCAACGCCCUCACCAUCCUGCUCAUGGACCAGCAGGUGGCCGGCCUGCAGGUGCUCAACGACGGCCGCUGGAUCGCCGUCAACCCACGGCCCAACGCGCUCGUCAUCAACAUCGGGGACCAGCUGCAGGCGCUGAGCAACGGACGGUACAAGAGCGUGUGGCACCGCGCGGUGGUGAACUCCGACAGGCCGAGGAUGUCGGUGGCGUCGUUCCUGUGCCCCUGCAACGACGUGCGCAUCGGCCCCGCCGCGAAGCUCGUCGGCGAGGGAGCGCCGGCCGUCUACAGGGACUACACCUACGCCGAGUACUACGGCAAGUUCUGGAGCAGGAACCUGGACCAGGAGCACUGCCUCGAGCUCUUCAGAACCUAGCUAUCUAGCACCGGGGUCCACAUCGAUCGAUAUAUACUUGGAUCGGAAAGGACUACAUACUACUCCUAGGCAGCUACCUAGAACAGUGGUUAGCGUUCGACGUUUCUGUGUCGCCUUUUAGCCAUUUUGUGUUCGCCUAGCUAGCUUGAACACUGUGGAGUCGAAUGUCAGGGUUCGGCAUACAAGGCUCGCACGGCUUUCGUGAGAAAAUAGCUCUGGCUCGUAUGGAAAAUUAGUUUUUCUAGCUAGCUUGUUCUGUGGAAAAAUGUUUGGCAAAACGGCUUCUCCUACCUUUUUAGAAUGUGUAGAAGAUGUUAAUUGUCCAUUGUGCCCUUGAAUAUCUAUAUGAGUUUUAUAUAUUGUCUUUAUUAAUAA